GGGCCUGUGUCGAUCCAGGCCAUUGACAGUUGAAGCAAAGAGGGAGGGCGGAAAACAUCAACUGGAAAGCCCCGCCCCCGCCUCGCUCGGAAUCGCAAGCCGAAAUGCAGCAGUCUUUUCCAGUCUGUCUUCACAACAACCCUGUAAGAAGGAUAACCACGUUCUUUGCAAGCAUGAGAUAUGGAAAAUUUGGGCUUGGUGAAAAUUGAACAAGACGCUUCUUCUGUGGACACCAGUAGCAUAGAUGCUCACAACUCUGCGGACUGUGAUUUGAGUAAUAGCAGAAGCAGUCCCUCGCUUACCCCAAAUGGCGUCUCCAGUUUCUCAGGGAAAGCCAGUCCUGCCAUAAUACCUGGCAAGGUUGAUCUGCUGCCCUCCUUUACGCAAGACAUUCGAAGGAGUGGUGACUCUGAAAUACUGAAGAACUGUGAGACCAGGUGGUUACAUUUCUUCAGACUGGUGGAAAAGCAAUGCCAAGAACAGAUAGUUGCCCAGCAGAAACACUUUUAUCAACAAAUCCAUCAUAUACAGAAUGAAAUCAGACACUUGGUGAAACUGCAAAACCAGAAUGUGUGUUCGUGCACUGAGCAAAGCUCUCCCGCCAAGCGUGCAAGCCAUUCUUUUUCACUAAAAAAACAGAUGGGGCUGCAGUCUGAGACCUUUGAAGAAAAUGAGCUCUUUGUCCAUCAACUUAAAGCUAAUGAAGCCGAGAGUCAACUGGAAGCUUCGCCUGUGCAGCAGGAGUGUCUUGAGAACAGUGUUUCGAUGAGCAGUGGUUAUGGCACCUGUUCCGCAACAGAACUGAGUACUCACAAGUCUAAAGACAUUCAUGCGUGCAUGGAAAAUACAGGGGAGAUCACCAAAGGACAACAUAGUGCAGCAUCAACACGGACGACCUUAGUUACAGCUGUUGUUCAGAAUAAAAAAGAGUUUACACACACAGCUGUAGAACAUGACUUACCACAGAAGAAUCUCAUUUUUCCUUCUGAGUCUGAGCAUAAGAGUACUGAAGGUCAAUGUGGAAGAACAGGCUGUAAAUCUUUAACAUCAUGGGCUCAAAAGCUAAGACAAACCCAGCUGAAAAAAACAAAUGCUGAAGAUAUGCGUUCUGUGGAUGAGAGAGAGCAAACAAAGACUCCCAUGUUUGAAAAUACUAGUCCUGCUGCUGUUCCAUCGUCUUACACUUUUUACCAACCAAACGGAAGCCAAAAUUCUUUAGUGUCUGACAUUUCAGGACUGACAUACUGGAAACUAGAUGAGAAGGAUACAUACUUCUCUCUGCCUGAGAACUUUGGGAAUGAAUUUAAUAUAUUUCCAGCAACGUUGUCAGCAGAGCAGUCUUCUUCCAGUGAUGAAGUGAAGCCAUCCUCUUUAAAGGAUAUAUAUCACAAGAAACAAAGGGAAAGCAAACAGCUUGUUGACUGGAGCUUUUCCCCCUCACAGUCCACCCACCCGCCUGAGAUCCUGACCCUAGACCCAACACUGCACAUGAAACCAGGCCAGCAGCAUCCUGGACUUCCUCCACACAGCUUUUACGUGACCCCAGAGACGGUCCCUUUUUCUCCAGACUCUAUGGCAGAUGCUGCUUUUUUCAUUCAUUCUGACACAGAUUCGCUUUCGCACACGAGUACCAUAACAUCCCCUCAAUCCGCUGGUUCUCCAAAAUACGCUUCUAACACAACUGCUUUGCAAACGGACCCCUGGAACGGUUGUGCAUUCCAGAACGAAGCUGACACCAGCAGUUCUUAUCCAGUGGAAUUUUCUCAUCCAAGUCAUGAGGUUUCAAAUACAGAGGAUGAGGAUAAUUUAACUCUCACACCAUCUUCAGCUGCCCAGUCCCGGUUUCCGGCUGGUGACAAUAGCUUGCCGGAAUAUAGCGUUUCAGUGACACGUGCAGAAGAUCCUGUGAUGCUUUCCAAGAUCAGACAGAAUUUGAGGGAAAAACACGCCCGCCACAUCGCUGAUCUACGAGCUUAUUAUGAUUCAGAAAUCCAAAGUUUAAAGCAGCAGCUGGAGGCAAGCCAUAAACUUCCUUCUGAAGACUUGAAGAAAAUUAAUCAAAAUCUUUCUGACAGAUGUGACCAAUUACAGUCAACAUUGAAUGAUGCUAAUAAGCACAUACGAGCUCUUGAAAAUAAGAAUAACGCUUUGGAGAUGGAAGUGACAGACUGGAGGGAGCGCUUCUCUGUUGUCAGCAACACAACCAAAGCCUUGCAAGAAAGGAUUGAAGAGGUGCGUGCUAGCAGCAAAGAGAAAGACAACACCAUUAGCCGUCUGAAGAGGAGGCUCAAGGACCUGGAAGAAGCGUUCGAAAAAGCCUACAAGCUCUCAGAUAACAAAGACGCCCGGCUCAGAGAAGAAAAUAAAAUGUUUCAAAAUCUUUUAGGAGAAUAUGAAUCCCUUGGGAAAGAACAUGAAAGAGUUAAGGACACAUUAAAUAUCACUGAGAAUAAAUUGCUCGAUGCGCAUGCUCAGAUCUCUGACUUGAAAAGAACAAUCUUGAAACUGGAAGCUCAAAUCAAGCAGCUGGAACAUGAAAACAUGCAGACAUAUCGGCCUUUUGCAGAAAGUCACUCCAAAACACCUUCCACUAACAACAAACGAGCAAGCUCUGACGUUAGCAGAAGGAAGUGGCUGAUACCUGGUGCAGAAUAUUCCAUCUUCACAGGACAGCCUUUAGAAGCUAAUGAGGGUCCCAAGGAUAACAGGCUAGAAGAUGCUUAUGCUGCUUACAGGCACCACUCUCCACCAGAAAAGGACUCCUCCCCGGAUCCUCCACUUACAAAUGAAACAGGGAAAAAAGAAAGGGAAGUGCCAGAAGCACCCAUCUUAAAAGCGGUUAAAGAACUUGAAGAAAGGAAGGCAUUGAAAAGUUGGGGCAGUCAGACAGAAAAAGAUGAGGAGGCUCCCACCAAAUCAACCAGCCGACGUCUGACCGUUGGAUUUGAUGAAACUGCCCUCGGUGCCAGUCGGUCCCCAGAGAAAGCCAAAGACCAGCACAGACACAAGAGAUACAGCUCGCCUUGUGGCCAGAGGUCCUCAUCUCUCCCCCCUUCCAGUAGGAAGUCAAACACUCUAAACACUCCAACACGGAGAGAGAUCAUGCUGGCUCCCGUCGCUGUGACCUACAGCCCAAAACGGUCUCCAAAAGAGAACUUGUCUCCAGGAUUUAGUCACUUGCUCAGCAAAAAUGAGAACACCGUGACGAGGUUUGAUGUCCUCCUUGAUGAGAUGGAAAAUGUUCCUGCGCCUGCAUCACAAUACAGCAACCCACGGAAAAGGCUCCAGUUUCUUUCCGUAGGUGACACAGAAGAUAUAAAGCAGCACAUCCCACGUAAAGGCAGCCAUGGGAGGUAUUCCCCUUGUGCUGAUUCUUUACAUGUAGGAGCCAAGGCAGGUGUGAUGGGGCCAGCGUGGGAAGAACAGAGCUCCGCUCAAGCAAGUGAGCCAGGUCUGUCUUCAGGAGCACCUGCUUACGAGGCAGAUUUUAAAUAUGUUUCAAGGAUCAAGACAUUGGCUGAGACUGAGAAACUCUUUGAUGAGCUCACACAUGAAAAGCAACAGAUUGAGGCCCAGUUGAGCCGGAUACCUUGUACAGGAGGGAGACUGACUCUGCAAGCCAGGUUAAAUCAGGAAGCCUUGGAAGAUCGCUUGGAAAGGAUCACUAGAGAACUAGGUUCCAUCCGCAUGAUCCUAAAGAGAUUCCAUGUUUUGCGUACCUCUGCAAAUAGCUGAGAUGUCUCUAUUUAAAUUCCAGAUGUCCUUUUGUUUGCACUAAAGCAUAAUACUUAUGCGCUAUGGAAAUGCAACCAGUUUUGUAUUUUUGUAACCCCCUCUCCAGCUGUUAUGCAAUCAUGUUCCCCUUUAGACACAGCAAUAUUUUGUAUUGAGCCACAUAUAUUUUAAAACCUAUUUUUGUUACACCUGAAGGAAUCAAUCUGUCAAUUCUGUAUUUUGCUACUUUUGAAGAAGUGUUAAUAGUUUUUUCUGAAAAUGAGGGACAUGAAUUCUUUAUAAGAAUAGUGACACAAAGAGGCAGCUUGUUUUUAAAAGAUUAUCAUGUUGAAAUCAGUUUUUUGUAGUGCACUCUGCUCAUCGUUUUUAUAGAGCAACUCACCUGUCUUGUAAAGUAAGGUAUGAUGAAGUAUUGCAGUUUUUAUUUCCACUGAAUAUGACACUCAACUUCUUGUUGUGAAGUGGGCUCCAAUGUGAUGUUCAUAUAUUUUAUCUUGUUUCACAAACAUCUGUUUUCCAUUUCAGUAUUUUCAAGAGGAAAGCCUACUUUAAAUACCAUAUACGUGCAUAGGCAAAAUUUGAAAUGAAGUAAAUAACAUUAUUCUAUCUUCUUUUUAAAUAAGUUUUUUUUAAAAUUUUGCAUGUUUGUUGCAGAAGCAUUUCAUUAAA